CGACUUUCGAAAUAAAUAAAAUAGUUAUUUCGGUGCAUCUUUUUAACGGAUGUCACUAAACAGUGUGACUGGACUGGAUUAAUGGACAUGCUGAGUUGACAAUAUUUCGUCCCACCAAUCCAUAUGAAUUUUUAAUAAAAAAAAUAAAAAAAAAAACAAAAUGCACUUCCAUAGCUACGACUUUGAUGUUUGUGACAUUAUAGGAACAACUUUCAAAAUACACGAAAUUCCAUUCCUCGUUUAACGGUGUCACUUAAUAGUAUGAUUGGAGAAGAAUGCCUUAUUUCUCAAAACGCCGAUUCAGAUCCCCCCAUUGCGAGAUUGAAGAAGAAGACCUUGGAAGUUUGGUGGAGUCGCAGAAAAAAGGCGAGAAAAGGGACAAGAAGGCUACUAGGAAGAAGCUCAACGAUAGCCGCAAAGAAGAAGGCAUCGGUGGUAGCGGUGAAAGAGGAAACGGUGACUCCGGUGGCGACAGAGGCCAAUGGGUCAGGAAGGAAGUAUGUGGCGGCUCGUAGUGCAUUUCCCCCUCUAAUUCCUCGAAAACGUCGCAACUGUGGUUAUUCUUGUUUUCGGUGAAGGCUGAUUCAUCGUAGUCAAUUGGCCUGAUUCGUCGCCUUCCCUCAAACAGAAUUCUGAGAAGAAAUCGAGGAUAGGAUCACAAUUGCUUUGUGUAUUUCGAAAGUUUGUAACCGAAAUUGCUAGAUUUGUCAAACAACAAUCAAAAUUCUGCCUAUUUUAUAUAUUUCGUAAGUUGUGGCUUAAAUUGUCACAAACGUGAAAGUUGUGGCUUAAAUUGACACAAACGUGAAAGUUUGGCUAUAGAAGUGUAUUUUGGUCAAAAUAUUUUUAAACUAAAUGACGUGGCAUCUACAUGGCAAUUGAGGGUGAGUUGUAGCUAACGUGUGCGUCAAUUUGGUAUCUAGCUAGCAUUUCAUCAACCUAAUUGAUGAAAUAUCUAACACCGUUAAAGUUUGUACGAAAAUGGAUAGAUUUGUUGAACAACCAUAAAAUUUAUGGUUAUUUCGUGUAUUUCAAAAGUUGUGGUUAUAACUGUCACAAACGUGAAAGUUGUGGCUAUCGAAGAGUAUUUUGCCAAUAAUUAUUUCUCAUAUAGGAAAUGACAAUGGUUCCCAAACCAAUCGCCUAUCCACUCAAGGGAUAAACCCCGAGUUGCAGCCUGCAAUCUGAACUGAAGACAGACUGAUGGGAAUGAGCAAAAGCAAGAAGAUCUCAUUGUGGAACUCCAAUAUGUAAUUUGCUUAUUGGAUUUGAAAAGUCAGGCCAGUUUUCAUAACCAAAUCAAAAAUUGAAUUGAAGAAAUUAGUAGUUUAUGGCUCAACGGUUAACUGUUAUAAACUUGUUCGUUAAUUUGAUAGAAUUGUUCAGGCGCUAUAACAUAGACAUAUAUAAUGCAGUAAUUUAGGAAUUAAUAUGAUUGUAAACAAUUUCAAAUGCUUAUCAUCCAUCACCAAAAGUUCUAACAAAUCAUUCAAACAUUCUCACAAAAGAAUCAUAAUUGAUUUUAGUAUAUUCAAGUUAGUAAUCAGGGUGGUAAUCUGUAGUAGCCACAUAAAGUGGAUGAGGAGGCUGGGAACAAAAAAAAGUAUAAAUAAAAUUAAUAAUUGAGG